AUAUUACGACAACAACUUGUUUAUAAUGCCCUAUUUCAAAGCUGUUUUAAUUCUUCCAAUAAUUAUCCACAGCAACAAUCAUCUGCCACCCCUUUCGAAGUUCAAAUUAAGGUUCAAGCAACAAAUCCACCUCAAUCAUUAUCUGUAUCUUUUCAAUUACCAGAUGUUAUGACAGAUGUCUUACUACAGAUUACCAUAUUACGAGGAGAUUCUGAACCUAUUGUUAUUUCUCAAAAUCCACUUUGGGAAGAUGAUGGUAACACUAAUAAUAACACUAAUUCAGUUUUGACUCGGAUAUUACAAUUAUCCCACGAUGUACCUGAGUUAGUAAAGUGGAUAUUUAAAUCAUCGGUUGAUAAUUUUAAAUUGGUCAAAGAGGAAGAGUUAAUCAAAGAGGAAGAAUUAAUGGAAAUUUGA